UGUAAUUUUUAUUAUUUAUUUUAUAAUCAGUUAUUUUUUUAUACAGUUAAACAAUGUCCUUUCAGUAAUAUUUUUCAUAAAAGAAUGUAAUUAUUAUUCGAUCUAUAUAAAAAUGUCAGCUGAAAAUAAAGCAGUAUUACAAGAAGUAAAAAACUUAUAUAAACAAAAUGAAUAUUCAGAAGCAAUAAAGAAAUGCAAGAAAAUAUUAAAAAAGGAUAAGAACAAUUAUCUAGCACUCAUUUUAUUAGGUGCUUCUAUGCUUGAAGUAGAAGAAUGCAAAUCUUACACUCCAGCAGCCUUCCAGAAAGCAAUUGAUAUACAACCAAAUAAUCCGUUGGCUUGGCAAGGAUUAGUAACGUAUUAUGAAAAGGAAUCAAAGAAUAAUUGUAAUGUGUUAAAUCAGCUGAUUGAAAGUUAUUGUAAACUUUUAGAAUUAGACAGUGACAUGUCCAAUGCUUUAUCCGUUCUAGAAAAAAUAGCUAAUCUUCUUUUAUUUAAGAAAGACAGUUUAAACUUAAAUCAAGGCAUUGAAACAUUAAAUUGUUUACGUAAAAAAGUCAAUGAAGAAAAGCAAAGUUUAAUCAACAAAACUUUGGCAUAUGUUUUAACAGAACAAUAUGAUAAUAUACUCCAAUUUAAAGACAUAUUAGAAAAUGUUCUAGCAAAUGUGAUAAAAGAUACUAAUGUGGUUAACAGACAAGAUUAUUAUAGAAAAUAUUUAAAACUUUUAUAUACAUCUAAUAAAAUAAUUACAUUAUUACAUGAAGCUACACAAAUGCACGAGGAAUUUGUACAAGAUAUUUGCCCUCUUGAAUGGAUAUGUAAAGUUUAUUAUGAGGAAAACAUAUAUAAUAAGAGAAAUGUAGAUAUUGAUAUUGUUCCGUUCUAUGAAUCACUUAGAAAACUUGAUAAUGAAUCUGAAGCUGGUAUUCUAGCUGAAGCAAUACAUUUAGACUCAUGUGAUAAUUUAAUCAAAUCACGUGAAAUUUUAAAUCAAUUAGUUUUAAUAAAACCACAAUCAUUUCAUGGGUAUGUUAUGCUGAGCAAAAUAAAUAAGAAAUUAUAUUGUUGGGAAGAUGUGGAAAGUGCCUCAACAGAAGCAUUAAAUCUUAUAACUCGUAGAUCUAUUAUGUGGUGUAGUAUUCAAGUAUUAUUAAUUGAGUCACUUAGUAGAAGCAACGAUAUAGAAAAGUGGAAAUUGGCUGAAAAAUUAUGCAAAGAAAUGUUAGCAGAGAAAUCUUCAGAGCAACUACAUCUUUUUCUUGCACGGAUCAAUGUGUUAUUAGAUAAUGAUAAUAUUCUUGAUGAAUUGAGUAACUUGGAAUCAAAGUCUGACACAAGAGUUGAAGCUGUCAUUUUACGAGCAUUAUUUUUAAAAAAUCAUAAAAACUUAGAGGAGGCCGCAGAUGUUCUUGGAUCUGCUCUAGAAACUUCAGAAAGUUGGUCGCUGCUUGGUAAAAUAUAUUGGGAGAUGGCAGAUUAUAAUCAUAGUUUGAUGGCUUUCUUAAAUAGUGUACAAGCAGAUCGUUAUAAUUGGGAAUCUUUAGUUUAUCUUGGACAUUAUUAUCACGAACAUUGUAAAGAUAUAGAACGAUCAAGAAAGUGCUACCAAACAGCAUUACAGAUUAAUCCCAAUUCAGAACAAGCUGGCAUUGGUUUAAGUACAACAUUGAGAUUACUUAAAAAUAGUGAAGCUAAUAUACAAUUGUUGCGAAAAUUAACAGCCUACAGCAGUGGUCCUAAAUGGGCAUGGUUACAAUUAGGUUUAUAUUAUUUAGAUAGAGGAGAAGCAACUGAAGCUAUUAAAGCAUUGCAACAUGUCAUUAGAGCUGAUCCCGGUGAUAAUCACGGUUGGGAAUCUUUAGCAGACGCGUAUUGGUCACGAGGUGCUUAUAAGUCAGCUUUAAAAUCUUAUCAACGAGCAUUAGAUUUAUGCCCCGGGUCUUUAUAUUCUAUGAUACAAGUUGCAAAUAUUAAAUUGAUCAUAGGUGAAUUUGAAGAGGCUAAAGAAGAUUUUAAAAAAAUAUUGAGCAAUGAAUCACAUUAUAUACCUGCUCUAAAGGGUCUUGCAGAGACAUGUUUAAGUUUAGCAACAAAGAAUAUUUCUCACCAAUUUCUAGGACGUGCUAGAGAUAAUCUUCAACAAGCAAUAGAAUGUUUAACAGAUGCGGUUUUGAAUAACUCUAAAUUAUCUUGCAUUUGGAAGUUACUUGGCGAUGUAUGUUAUAGGAGUGCAGUAAUGUCAGAAAAAUAUAGUUACCUUCAAGUUAUGCCUUUUUUGAUAAACCGUAAAAGUACCGAAAAAUAUAUUAUUAUUAAAAGAGUAGAUUUAUUUCUAUUAUCAACAAGAUCUUAUUGUCGUGCACUAUCCCUUUCUAAAGAUUCUGCAUUAUUAUGGCAUGAUCUAGCUUGCUGUUACUACGCUCAAUUGCUCUUAAAUCCUUCCAUCGAUCGUAAAGAUAUUGCAAUUAAAAGUCUUUCAGCUGCUAAAUAUGCUGUAAAGUUAUGUCCAACAUCAUGGUUACAUUGGAAUAUUUUAGCAAUUAUUUGUAUGGCUUCGGAAAUAAAAAAUUAUGCCUUAGCACAGCAUUCUUAUGUUAUGUCAAUUAGCAGAGAAUCUAACAAUGCUCUAGUAUGGUCCAAUUUAGGAAUUUUAUAUUUAUAUAUUGGAGAUAUAUACAAAGCCAAUGAAGCAUUUUGUCGUGCCCAACGAGCAGAUCCAACAAAUAUGAAUAGUUGGGUUGGACAAGCCAUAAUUGCAGAAAAAAUAAAGUAUCGCGAAGCAGUAGAUUUGUUUAGACAUUCGGCACAAUUAGGAUAUCAUAAUGAAGCAUGUUUAGGAUAUUCUCAUGGGGUACUAACAUUAUUGUUAGAUGUUGAUACUAAUAAAUCAGACCCUUUGUAUACUUAUACCAUAGAAAAUAUGCAUGCUGUAUCAGUAGCAACAGAUUUGCUUACUUGGUACAUAGAGCAUAAUCCGAAUAAUGCAUAUGCGCUCAACACUUAUGGAUUAUUGUUGGAAAGACAAAAAUUAUAUCUAUCAGCAGCAGAACAAUUUACUAAAGCAUUACAUGAAUGUAACGAAAAGGAGAAAGAUUUUAUUUGCAUAAAUCUUUCACGCAUUUUUAUACGUCUUAACAAAUAUGAAGAAGCUAUACAGUUAUGUAAAAGUGUAAAUAAUAGUACUUUCAAUUCACAAUGUCAUUUAGCUUUAUGUCUUUUUAAAGCAAAACGAUAUGAGGAAUCAUAUACUACUUAUGAAGCAGCUCUUCAUUGGUUUGCCAAAGAAGAAUCAGAUAAAGCAAAUACAUUAUGUGCUAUGGCAGCUAUGGCUCAUAUUUUUCAAGGAGUAGAUGAUGUUAAAACUUUACUCUUCCAAUGUAUAUUGAUUAAGCCACCUAUGAUAGCUGGUUUUUUAGCAGCUGCCUCAUUGGGUAUAUUACAUGGAGACCUGAAUUUAACUGCUCUAGUGCUGAAUGAAUUAGAAUCAUAUAAAAAUGAUGUAGAGUACAGGCAUCACAUUACUGCUUUGUCUGCUUAUUCAAGCCUUGUCCAGAAUAACGUAGCCAAUGCUAUUAAUGUUCUAUCAAAGAUAACUUUUAGAUACCCAAAUGAUGUGAAUUGCUGGAUAAAUCUUGCUAGAGUUUUAUUUGAAAUAGAUUUAACGACUUUCCAUAAAUGCGCAGAAAAAGCAUUAUAUUUAAGUGGAAGAUCAUCUUCCAAUAAUAUUGUAUAUGUGGUCUGUGCAUCUGCAUUAAGUGCUUUAACUACUGAAAAUGUCACUAAUGCAUUGAGAAAUGUUCAGAAGGCAGUAUUUCAAUUUCCUAAUGAAGUUGAAAGUUGGGCAAGUUUUAUCGCUGUACUUAUAACACGAUAUAUAAAAUAUAUUGACACAGAGACUAAUCCAGGUGUUAAAUGGGUAAUUGGAUUGAUAACUAUAGUACAACAGCAAUUUUCUACGAAACAGCAGAUAUCUUAUUGGUUAGAAAAAAGUAAAAAGAAAUUAUUAAAUAUAUCCAAGUAAUAAGUCUUUAUUUAUACAUUAUAUUAAAUAUGUAUGAAAAGACAAUAAAAUAUACUUGUAUACAUAA